CUCUCACGCACACAAAAACAUAGCUGUUGCUAUCUCACUCUGCAAAAAUACAUAGUUUGUUUUGAACUUUUGUUCUGCAAGCGAAAUUGCAACUUUUUCACAAUUUUCGCAUUCACCGACGUGAUAAGACGUGCUAAAUUUGAUGCAAGAGAAAGUAUUCAAGUUGUGUGCUUAGACUAUUCUUACUCUAUUAUUUUUUUACCUAAGUGUUGUGAAGCUUUUUACAAGUUUAUUUAAAAUGGAUGACAGCAGCAUUGCAAAGACAAUGGAUUUAACCUCACAAAUAAUUAUCAAGCCGAACGAGAAGCAGCAGUGCUUUGAGACACAAGGGAAGGAUGUGACUGUGGUGGGAUUUUCCGGGAAGCACGAUCAUGGGAGCUCAAAAGUGAAGCUGAAGAACAUUGUGGACUACAAGUGGGAGGUGAAGAACUACUCAGGGCGCCUUAUUGCCAUUCAUCUCGAUGGGAAGCACAUUGCGUAUAGUAUUAAGGUGAAUAAUCAUGGGACAGCCGAGGGAAUGGUGCGGGUGGUGAAUGUGCAAACGGGCCAGAGGAGUCUCAUUAAGGGGAUGGCCAAUGAAGUGUUGGAUCUGCAAUUUGCCUACCUUGAGACACAAAUCAUCCUCGGCUGCAUCGACGAGGCAUCCCUCUUCAUCCAUCGCAUUGACACCCUAUCCGAGAAGCUGUCUGUGGUGCUUCUGCUUAAGAUUCAAGAUACCCUCGUGGGGCAUGACUGUAAGUACGAUAAAUUGGCGUGGUGUCCGUCUGUGCCACAGAGUAAAGAUGACGUGGAUGAAUAUGCCAGCCAAUUGCUUGUUUGGGCACGUGGAAGUCAAUUUCAGUGCUACAGCAUCAAUGCUGUCCUCGAUGCCUACGGCACAGGGACACACAAGGCGGCCGAUAUCUCCGAUGGAAGCUUAAAGUUUCAAGAAUCCACCAAAACCAUCACGUACGCCAUGUUCUCACCCGAUGGCACCACACUGGGGGUCAGCAGUGAUGACGGAUCCAUUGACUUUUAUCAAAUUUACCUGCACCUCAAGGAUACCAGUCCACGGCGUCUGCACCACUGGAAGCCCCACAAUGGGAAAAUUGUCACGAGCUUCUUCUUCCUGGACAAUCACACGGAAUUCACAUCCAACAGCACCUUCUGGAAGCACGCAAUCACCGGAGCGGAUAACAAUACGGAAUUUAAGGUUUGGCGCUGCGAUACCUGGACGUGCAUCCAAACGGUAACGUUCAAGACUCAGGGUGACUUCCCGUUGUGCCUAAAGGCGGAAAUUGACAAGACCUCAUCGUACCUAAUGGUGUCAGAUACAAUAAAUCGCGGCUUGUACGCCAUGCAAAUUGUGAAGACGAUCAAGGAGGAAGAUUCCGGAUCUGAGGAUGGUGGAGACGGUGGUGGUGCCACCAAGAAGGACAAGACGACAGAUAGUGGUGGCACAACAAGUAUCAAUUCCAUUGCCUACGUUAAAUCCAUCACGGAAUUCCCAAUGUCCUCGCCAAUACUCAGCUUUGGAAUUGUCGAUGCAGCCCUCCGGAAGUACAAGUGUGGCGUCACCGAUGCCUACAUGAUUGAGGAGAUGGAUGAUUACGACGAAGAGAACAAUGCCCUGUACUGUGUUGUCAUCCACAUGUUCCUCGUACAGCCAAAAAGUGUCCAAGAAUGUCAUGUUCUGUACCAACCAACAUUGGCCAUUGACACGGCAAUGGGAAGUUCCCUCACCCUCCAGGGUGCUGCGGAAGUGAGUGAUGAUGAUGACAUGGGUGGUGGGGAACAAAAUGAGGAGGAGAAUGAAACAACAAACUUCGAUACGUGCAAAUCGGCGGAAUUCAAUUCAAUUCUCUCCCCUAAACCGAAUAAUUCGCUUAAUCUCAGCGGGAGUUUCGGGCAGAAGCAGCCGUCGCAGCUGAAUCUCAUGACACCGGACUCAUUUCAUUCACCCGGGAAGAAGGAGAGUGUGCCCGAGGGCGUGAGUGAGGUUGUAAUGUCGGCCAUACGAAUGCUAGCUGCCACCACGACGUCUCCUGAUCAGAAGAAUCUCCUCAAUUUGGUCAACAGUUCCACAGGGGGGCAGAGUGGGGGGAAGACGUUUGAGGAGGAGAUGCCGCAUUCAUUCCUACGUGAUUUACCUCAGGGAGAAAUUCUUGCAAGUGGCGGUUCAAGUCCAAGUCGGGAGGUGGAGAAGAUUCUCUCGCUGCAGAAGGAUGAUUGCCUGAGUGAGUACUUUGACGAUGCUGAGGCGGGAGAUGAUGGGGAAGAUGUGGAGGAUAAUGCUGUGGCGUCCGAUGAGGCUGGACAUGGGGCAGAUGGAAAGGAUGAUUGGCCAAAGGUGCCAAAUAUUCAGCAUAUCUCCCAAAUGCCAUCAACAGACCUCCUCACGGAUACAAAUACAAAGGCACGGAGUAUUGAAAUGAAGCUGGAUCGAAUGAUGGAGCUCAUGUACACACAAAAGGCCAAGAUUGAGGAGCUCGAAGGGGAGAUUCAGCACCUCAAGAAGACGCAAAUUAAUGGACACGGAGCGGAUUACAAGAUGCUUUCGGAAAAUCUCGAAGGGAAUCUAUCGCAAAUGCUAAUGGAGUAUCUACAGACAAUCGAUAGGAGGCACACUGUUGCCACGGAGACUCUCCUGGCUGAGAGGAUGACGGAGAUGCGGGAAGGACUUGUGCAUUCCUUCAAUCAGGCCUUUGUCAGUCAAAUUACGGAGAAAUUGAGUGCAAUCCUCCUUGUGGAGCUGAAGCAUCAACUUAUGCCACUUUUAGCCACAAAAACUGAUGCUCUUGUGAUGGAAAUUGGUCAGAAGAGUGAUCACAUGCUGCGAGAAACAAUCACAAAGGUGUGCAUGAGUAAACCCAUUGUGGACUCCUUUGCCGGGGCAACCCUUCGUGGGACGCAGAACAUGUUUCAGGCCACAUUCACGGAUAUUCUCACAAAAACCCUCAUUCCUGCCUUUGAUAAAUCCACCAAGGAGAUGUUCCAUCAGAUCAACAGCACCUUCACGGUGGGCAUUACGAAGUUUGUGCGACAACUCGAGGUGUACGUGAUGCAGCAACAGCCCAUUCAGGAGAAGAGCGAUGAGACCAAUAAGCUUGUCAGGGGGCUUCCGGAACAGCUGAAAUUGUCCAAUGAUAAGAUGAUUAACAGCUGUUCAGCGCAAAUUAUGCACGAUCUCAGCAAAGACUUCAAAUCCCUGCAGAUGAACCUCCUGAAAACCAUCAAGGAGUGCAUUAAGAAUGAGAUGCAAAAGAGCUUUGAAGCUCAAACGGCAAAUUUGGAGGAUUCUGUGUUGUCUGUGGUGCGCUCCCAGACGCAGACACCGAGUAUUUUUGACGUACAGGAGAAGAUUAAGAUUCUCCUGGCACAGGGAUCAAUCAACAAGGCCUUCCAUCAGGCACUCAUUGCCAAUGAUUUAUCCCUCGUGGAGUUUGUGAUCGACAAGGCGGACUACAAGACUGUCUUCAAUCCCUGUCCGCUGGAGCAGACGGUUCUCCUGUCCCUCAUUCAGCAGAUAACAGCCGAUAUGAGUAGCUACAGUGAGCUCAAGCACAAAUACCUCUCGGAAUCGGUUAUGAAUCUUAAUAUGAAGGAUAUAAUCACAAAGGAACACGCCCCGUCUGUGAUGAAGGAACUCUACCAGAACUGCCAGACGUACAUUGCUGCCAAUCCGAAUAGUCAUCUCUGUGGGAGUCUCCGGAUGCUCCUUAUGGCCAUCCAAGGGUUGGGCUUUAAAGUUCUCUGAUUCAAGCAACAAAUCCCCCCACAAUUCAAUCAUUGAAACACACCCUGUCAUCCUUAGAUCCCCGUAAAUUUUAUUCUUUUACUGCGCUUUAGUCCUUUUUUCAUUUUCAAAAAAAAAAAACUGAACCAUAUAUAUAUUUUUAAAUUAAUGUAAUAAGAAAACUCCGCUGGAGACGAAGAUAAGAGAUAAAAAAAUAAAUAAGAUUAUUCAAAAUGUAAA